UCAGUAUACGAUAGUUUUGAAAAUCUCAAUUUUGGCUCAAUAAAACCGCACAAAUCAUUGGAUACUCCAUAUAAACAACGUUCAUCGAAAUUUCAAAUAUUUUACGGUGAUGAAUAUUUCAAGACGGAAUUCAAGCCGAUCACCUUGAUGAAUCCAUGUGAAAAAAAAACUAAUCAUAAUCAAUUGAUUAAAUCAAAAAAUUCUUUCAAUACUACUACUACUGAUAUCGAAUCAUCAUCACAUUAUAUAUGGAGUUUAACAUUUUCUCAACCAGCUUCACGUUAUUAUGAAUUUCGUCAAAAACUUGAACAAAAUAUUGUUUCAUUAGAAAGUAUUAAUAUUACUCAAUCCUCAUCCAAUGAUCUUCCAUCAUUUUCAUCUGAUGUUAAACUCUCUGGUACAAUAAGAGUUAAAAAUAUUUGUUUUGAAAAAUUUAUAUAUUUACGUCUGACUAAAAAUAAUUGGCAAACUUAUACAGAUUAUCAAGCAGUGUAUAGUUCACAAUUAUCAUCAGGUACAUGGUCUGGACCGAAACGUUAUGAUACAUUUAUAUUUAAUAUCACGAUUAAAUCAGAUCAACAACCAUAUUUUGAUGUGAAUGAUAAAAUUGAAUUUGCUAUUUGUUUUAUUGCAUCAAACAAUGAUAAUCAUAAAACAGAAUAUUGGGAUAAUAAUGAUCAUAAGAAUUAUAUUAUUGAACAACGUAAACAUCAUCAUCCAAUCUAUAUGAUGAAUAUGUUAAAUGUUGACAGUGAUCAUUCAAAUGAUCAUUCUUUAUCGUCAUCAUUGAAUAAUAAAUCGAUUACAUCAUCAUCAUCAUCUGGCAUGGAUAAAACAUUAAAUUUAAAUAUUGAACAUUGUACCAUUGAAUCGACGAAUAUGCCUCCGCCUUCAUCGUACACCCUGGAUUAUCGACCGAAUUUCGAUGGUUUCACUUCAUUCACACAUUAUCGAGCAUGGAGUCAUUUUGCUGGUGAAAUAAAUUAUUAUUAAUAAUAAUUUUUCAUUGAAUAGUUUUCUAAUGACAACUAAUGAUCAUCAUCAUAAUCAUAAUUAAAAUAAUAAUAAUAAUAUUAAUAUUGAUUAAUUUUUUCUCCUUUUUUUCCCUUCACCUACCACUUACAUAAUAUUUUGUGUGUACAUUUUUAGUAAUAAUUUACUAUCUAUCUAACUAACUAACUAACUAACUAACUAACUAAUUAAUUGACGAGACUAGCAAUCACAUCAAUAAUAAUUUAAUGUAAUUUCAUUUUUUUUAUUUUUAAAAAAAUUCAUUUAUUUAUUUAUUAUUUAGAAAUGAUUCAAAUAAUUUCUUGUUUUGUUUUUUUUCAUUUUCAAAAUUAUUUUUUGUGAACAAAUAUAUUUUUUUCUAUGAAAAAAAAACACAACAAAGAAACAAGAAACAAAUUGGGAAAAUUCGAAAAAAAAACCCGCGCGCCCGCCAGAUCGACCUCCUUUUUACGCCUUCUUUCUUUCUUUCGAAAAGAGCCGAAAAAAAUAAAAUAGCUGUAGAGAGAGAGACAGAUGCUUGAAUGUUUUGUUUUCAAUGUUCAAUGUUCAACAGUUAUUGUUCUUGUUUCUUUGUAACUUUUUUCGCUCUCUCUCUCUUUGUUAUUAUUAUUAUUAUUUUUUGCAUUUGAAUGUUUGUUUUGAUUUCGUUUCUCCCUCGCUUUUUUCUCGUUGCUUAAUUUUGUUUGUGUUUUGUUUUUUGUAGUUAAAAAACAUGAAAAUGAUAGAGUUCGUUUAGUUUGCCAUUUCUUUUUUUAUUGCAUAAUUUCUAAUAUUUUUAACAAAAAUAAAAAACAAACAAAAAAAGUUUAAAAGCACAAAAACACUAAUGUUGCAAAUGUAAAAUGCCCAAGAGUAAUAAAUAUUAUAAUAUA